ACAGAGAGAAAGUUAACGAGUUGCCUUCUCCUUCUCACUAGUUUGGCUUUCUCUCUUGCCAAACUAAUAACGAACGACCUUUUAUCAGAAAAAGGUCGUUUCUAUCUGCUCCUUUCUUUUGUGGUUUUCUUGAAAAGAGGUAGAGAAAGAGGUGGGUGAGGCCAAGGAAGGGAGGAUGAGCACUACGUCGUCGAGCAAUGGAUUGCUCCCAACGUCAAUGUCAGGACGACACGACGACGUGGAAGCUGGAGGAUCGGCCAGAACACAAGAUGAGCACCACGAACAGCUUGAACACGAUCCUAAUGAUCCUUUCGACCUUGAUAACACCAAGAAUGCCUCCGCCCAAUCUCUCCGUCGCUGGAGGCAAGCGGCACUUGUAUUGAACGCAUCACGUCGGUUUCGUUACACUUUGGAUCUCAAUAAAGAAGAACACUAUGAGAAUCGUAGGCGGAUGAUCAGAGCUCAUGCUCAAGUCAUUAGGGCAGCAUUGCUUUUUAAGUUGGCUGGAGAACAACAAAUUAGUGCGGUUGGAUCAUCACCAUCAACUCCAUCAGCUUCAACUGGUAACUUCGACAUUGACCUUGAGAAGCUUGUGUCAAUGACCAGGAACCAGAACAUAUCCACUUUGCAGCAAUAUGGAGGGGUCAAAGGUGUUGCAGAGAAGUUGAAGACAAAUAUGGAGCAAGGAAUCCAAGAGGAUGAGAAAGAAGUCACAGAUAGGAAGAGUGCAUUUGGAUCUAACACUUAUCCAAAGAAGAAGGGGAAGAGCUUCUACAUGUUCCUAUGGGAAGCAUGGCAGGAUUUGACUCUUAUCAUCUUGAUCAUAGCCGCUGUAACAUCAUUAGCAUUGGGAAUAAAGACAGAGGGUUUGAAAGAAGGUUGGCUUGAUGGUGGAAGCAUUGCGUUUGCAGUUUUGCUUGUCAUUAUUGUUACAGCUGUUAGUGACUAUCGCCAAUCUCUUCAGUUUCAAAACCUCAACGAUGAAAAAAGGAAUAUACAACUAGAGGUCAUGAGAGGAGGGAGAACAGUGAAGAUUUCUAUCUAUGAUGUUGUUGUCGGAGAUGUUAUACCUCUUAGAAUAGGUGACCAGGUCCCUGCGGACGGAGUGCUAAUUAGUGGUCAUUCUCUUGCUAUUGAUGAAUCUAGCAUGACCGGUGAAAGCAAGAUUGUUCACAAGGAUCAAAAAUCCCCUUUUCUAAUGUCUGGUUGUAAAGUGGCUGAUGGAGUCGGUAAUAUGCUGGUUACUGGCGUUGGAAUCAACACUGAAUGGGGACUGUUGAUGGCAAGUAUCUCAGAGGAUACUGGUGAAGAAACCCCUUUGCAGGUGCGGUUAAAUGGUCUUGCAACUUUCAUCGGUAUAGUGGGGCUCACAGUUGCUCUUGUUGUACUUGUAGCUCUUCUUGUAAGAUAUUUUACCGGAACUACUCAAGAUUCUAGUGGAGCAACGCAGUUUGUCAAAGGGACGACUAGUAUCAGCGACAUUGUUGAUGAUUGUGUAAAGAUAUUUACAAUCGCCGUUACUAUUGUAGUUGUGGCAGUGCCUGAAGGACUUCCCCUAGCAGUUACCCUCACUUUGGCUUACUCAAUGCGUAAGAUGAUGGCAGACAAAGCUUUGGUUAGGAGGCUUUCAGCUUGUGAAACCAUGGGGUCAGCAACAACAAUCUGCAGUGACAAAACUGGAACUCUAACUUUAAAUCAGAUGACUGUGGUUGAGACUUAUGCUGGAGGAUCAAAGAUGGAUGUAGCAGACAACCCCUCUGGCCUCCACCCUAAACUUGUUUCCUUAAUAAGUGAGGGUGUGGCACAGAACACCACAGGAAAUGUUUAUCAUCCCAAGGAUGGUGGAGAGGUAGAGAUUUCUGGAUCUCCUACAGAGAAGGCUAUUCUGUCUUGGGCGUAUAAGUUGGGGAUGAAGUUUGAUACCAUCAGGUCGGAGUCUGCUAUCAUCCAUGCUUUCCCUUUCAACUCUGAGAAAAAGCGUGGAGGUGUUGCUGUUCUUCGAGGUGAUUCUGAAGUUUUCAUUCACUGGAAAGGAGCAGCGGAGAUAGUUCUGGCUUGCUGUACACGGUACAUGGACUCAAAUGGUACCCUGCAGCCCAUUGAUAGCCAGAAGGAGUUUUUCAGACUUGCUAUUGAUGCCAUGGCGAAAAAUAGCUUGCGUUGUGUUGCCAUUGCAUGCAGAACACAAGAGCUGAACAAAGUUCCCAAGGAACAGGAGGACUUGGAUAAAUGGUCUUUACCUGAAGAUGAGUUGACUUUGCUUGCUAUCGUUGGUAUAAAGGAUCCUUGUCGUCCUGGUGUCAGAGAAGCAGUGAGAAUAUGCACCAGUGCUGGUGUUAAGGUACGUAUGGUGACUGGAGACAAUCUUCAGACAGCAAAAGCAAUUGCUUUGGAGUGUGGUAUACUGGCUUCAGAUACAGAAGCUGUUGAGCCUACUAUCAUUGAAGGAAAAGUGUUCCGUGAGCUAUCUGAAAAAGAGAGAGAACAAGUAGCCAAGAGAAUAACGGUGAUGGGUAGGUCCUCUCCUAAUGACAAGCUUUUACUUGUUCAAGCACUAAGGAAAAACGGAGAUGUUGUUGCUGUUACUGGUGAUGGUACUAAUGAUGCUCCUGCACUCCACGAGGCAGACAUAGGUCUCUCUAUGGGUAUAUCAGGAACCGAAGUUGCUAAAGAGAGUUCGGACAUCAUCAUUUUGGAUGACAACUUUGCUUCAGUAGUAAAGGUUGUUCGAUGGGGCCGUUCGGUGUAUGCAAAUAUUCAGAAGUUCAUACAAUUCCAGCUUACUGUGAAUGUUGCAGCUCUUAUAAUCAAUGUUGUAGCAGCAAUGUCUUCUGGUGACGUUCCUCUAAAGGCUGUUCAGCUGCUUUGGGUCAACCUUAUAAUGGAUACUCUUGGAGCACUUGCACUCGCUACAGAGCCACCAACAGAUCAUCUUAUGCACAGAACCCCUGUUGGAAGAAGGGAACCUCUAAUAACAAACAUCAUGUGGAGGAACUUGCUUGUGCAGUCAUUAUACCAAGUGGCUGUCCUCCUAGUUCUAAACUUUGCAGGCUUGAACAUUCUUGGCUUGAGCAAAGACAGCAACCAUGCACAUGCUGUGGAAGUGAAGAACACUAUGAUAUUCAAUGCAUUCGUUAUGUGUCAAAUAUUCAACGAGUUCAACGCAAGGAAACCUGAUGAAAUGAAUGUUUUCAGUGGUGUAACUAAGAACCCUCUCUUCGUUGCAAUUGUUGGAGUCACUUUUGUACUUCAGAUACUCAUUGUUACUUUCCUUGGAGAGUUUGCUCAUACAGUUGCACUGAGUUGGCAACUAUGGCUUGCUUCUGUUGUCAUCGGUCUUGUCAGUUGGCCACUUGCAGUUGUUGGGAAGCUGAUUCCUGUACCCAGGACUCCGAUGAGCGUCUACUUCAAGAAACCGUUCCGAAGAUACAAAGCCUCAAGAAGUGCAUAAACACAUUACUAGAUAAGUCAUCUUCUUCAUACUGCAACUACAGAAGCAAUAACCUGUGACAAUGGCCUAAACCUCUUAACCUUUCUUUCUUUAUUUUACAUGGUAAUAGUAUUUACAAAUGUAUCCAAUUAUUUUUGUCCCUUUUUCAUAUUUCUUCCUUCUUUUUGUAUGAUGUAAAAGUGCAACUGUGAACUGAAUUUGAUUUGGGGUUGUACUAAUGAGAGUUUGGCUCAGUCUUUGUUUUUUCAAAGUGUUGUUUAACAUGGAGGAUUCUCUGUGUUCAUACCAACCAAAACUCUUUGCUCUCUGUCUGUAAAGAAGCUUUCAUGAGCUCAAUCUACUGUCCACAUGGCAUCACUAGUUUUGGAAACCAAUGGACAAAGUAAAAGAUCACAUGGUUCUUCCUUCAUCAAACCCUCCACACUAAAUCAAUCUUAUAAAACAAAUAUUAUGUGUCUCAUACUAUAGAACAAAAUUUAUAGAAUGCAAAGGCCAGCAGAAUCAAAUUGUAAACCUCAAUUGUUUUCUUUCCUACACAAGGCAACCUUACAUAAAAAAAAAACAAGAAAA